GUGAAAACGCUCUGCUUUCAAUGAGCCCACAAUGGAGACUAAAUAGGAACUUGCACGGAUUCAGGCUUUUAAUUUAUUCAUUAUAUGAAGUUUAAUUGUUAAUAGUAGCUUCUAAAAUCUUUGGCUCAUUUUUGACACGCAUUUCUAGCGAGGAAAACAAGUUGCGGACAGGUCCUGAAGUUUGUCUACAAGUGUUCUGAAUAAGGAAAUCGUCUCCGGCUAACGUUAUGUAGCAAGCUAAUGUCAUUUAUCCAUUCGUAAAGUCAGCUAUCAUUUCACAGACUCCUCCAUUAAACUCCUACAUUAAAGGCAUGACCGAGUACAAACUUGUGGUGGUCGGGGCAGGAGGUGUGGGGAAGAGUGCUCUCACCAUCCAGCUCAUCCAGAACCACUUCGUAGAUGAAUAUGAUCCAACCAUCGAGGACUCGUACAGAAAACAGGUGGUGAUUGAUGGAGAGACUUGUCUGUUGGACAUCCUGGACACUGCAGGUCAGGAGGAGUACAGCGCCAUGAGGGACCAAUAUAUGAGGACAGGGGAGGGCUUCCUCUGUGUGUUUGCCAUCAACAACACCAAAUCCUUUGAGGACGUUCACCUCUAUAGAGAGCAGAUCAACAGGGUGAAGGACAGUGACAGUGUUCCAAUGGUGCUGGUGGGGAAUAAAAGCGACCUGAGUACCCGCACAGUGGAGACGCGGCAAGCGCAGGAGCUGGCACGAAGCUAUGGAGUACCAUUUGUGGAGACCUCUGCCAAAACCAGACAGGGUGUGGAGGAAGCUUUCUAUUCACUAGUGCGGGAGAUUAGAAGAUACAAGGAGACCAACCGCAGCAACAAGAAGAGCAAGAAGAACACUCAGAGACGUUGCAUAAUACUAUAGCAAACCACACACACACACAGUAUCCUUUACAGCACUUGUUUCACGCUCGCCCUCACUCACUGCACCUCCUCUGUCACAUCGGAGACGUCCAGCACCACUCAGGACAGAGAAGCAGACGUGGCAAAAUCCAUUUUUUUUUACUGCUGUCACAGUUUCCACUUACAGUAUGUCACCACAAGAUUUGCCAUUUAUUCAUCUGGUGUGCAGUGUCUAUUUAACGCUGUGAAUUCAGUUUGUUUUUGUUUUUGUUUGGUGACCAAACAACUAGAAACUGCAGAUUUUAGAAGAGUUUUUUUUUUCUUUUUGGUUAAAGCCAGCAUUUGUGCAAACUUAAUUGGAGUCUCUCGAAGACAGAUUGAAUUUGUCUGGAAGGAUAAUUCUCUUUUUACUAAUAAUAAUUUUGUCCAGCUGGUGCUUUUACAGUCUGUUAAGCUCCUGUUGACUAUUUAGGGGCCAAGGGUUCACAGUGGUGUGUUGCUCUUUGCACUGCCACAUCAGGUGACGCAUUCAGUCCAAAUCUCUAAAAUUGUUCUAGGACUCAACACAUUGUUUAGGGCAGUGAAAUUCUUGACAAUUUUUAUAUGAUUUCUAGGGCUGGAUGUUGGUACGCCAUACCUUUUUAAAGAACUUACCGAAGUAAACUAAUACCACAUGUUAAUGAAACUUCUCCAGUUAGAGAUACCUGCAUUCCAUGUUUUUUGUACCCAUAUAUAGAAAAAAAUGACUAUUUGAAUUUUUUUGCUUGCAGCCAGUCACUGCAAGCAUUUUUGCAAAGUGCGAUUGGCCCACUGCUGCAGCAGCUACAACCCAUACAGUCUGUGGUGUGGUGAAGUGGAGCAUUACAUAUUUGACUGAUUUGGCAGUUCAGUGUGCAGAGAUGCUAUCGAAAUGUUCAAAAGUAUGGUUGCACUGCACGUCUUUGGUGUCUGGUAUCAUUUUAAACAACUGAAUGCUUCCAUUCACAUAGGUAUAAAAUUAAGUUAAAAAAGGUAUCAAAUGACGUACUCUACUGGUAUUGGUACAGAUAUCGUGAUUUUUUUUUUUUUUUAGACAGAGAUACCCAGCCCUAGUGAUCGCCCAGUACACAUUUGGUUUCACAAAGUCCCACAAGUAACAUAGAAACAGUGUCAUAUUGACUGUUUACUGUGAAAAGAUUUUGCCUCCAGAUGAUUGGUUAAAACUUUUUCUUUUAGAAAAAGUAAGUUGUCUUCCCCUUGUUCUGUUGCACAGGUUAGUGUGUCCUCUGGGGCUUGAAACACAUCAGUAAAAUCUUUUUUUUUUCUUCUUACAAACAUCAUGUCACUUAAGAUACUGAAGCAGUACAGGAUCACUGCUGUAACAAAACCUCAAAAUUGUGUUCCAGACUCCCAGGUGCACUUUAUUCAUUUUCUGUUAUGUGUUUAUUGUAGAAUAUAGGAUUAGUUAGUGCCAUUUUAAAAAGGUUACUCAGGAAUAUGGUGUUGUAUUAGGAACUGAGGAAUACAACAGACUGAGAGCUGUGUCAAAUGAUUGGUUGAGAUCUUGAUGCCUCUGUCCAUCAUUAACUUACAGUUUGAAGUGUCAGCCCUGCCGUUUGUUCCACACAGUUGCACUGUAUUCCAAAGUCCUCUUUUAAUGCAGUUUUUGUGUCAGUCACAGUGGUGUUGGUGAUGUGGGACAACAUUUAAACCACACUGAUGCUGAAACCAGCAAAAACUCUUCAGCGCUCAGAGUCAGUCAUGUUAUCGGAACAUACUUGAUGCUGAAUAACGAGUCAAUAGGGCAUCAAUUUUUUAUAGCAGUGUUUGUCUUCUUUGAUAAUGACUCUGGCACCCUAAAUGUAAUGGAUUGUUAAAUUUCUAUUUUUGUAGCAUUACAAACGUCUUUCCCCGAUUUAAAACCCCUCAUCUGCAUUAAGAAACUGGAGGGUUCCCACUUUGCUAUGGUGUUAAACCAGCAGCUUCCAAAUGCCUGUCUUAUUAUCUGGACUUAAUGUAGUCCCACUGAUUUAAAUAAAUAUUAAAAGU